CGUCAUAGAAGGGCGUUACCUCCAAACAAAUGGCAGCCAAAGCACCAGACUAUCAACCAGUGGAGAGGAGUGAACACUCCACUGUACGGGUAGGAGACUACCUGUACAUGUGGGGUGGGGACCAGCCUGGUCUCCCUGAAGCACAUAAUAAUGAAAAGAAGAAAUCAAUGUGUUCUGUGAUGGAGGUGUGUCACCUAAGGACUGGUAGGUGGGAGCAGAAACCCACCACUGGUAACCCUCCACUGGGUGUUAGGGGCUAUGCAGCUGCUGCCAUUGGAAGGGAAAUAUUUUAUUUCGGAGGGGAUUGUAAUCAUUAUGACUGUUUUCAUAAUAGUAUAUACAGUUUUAAUGUUGAUACCUUCAAUUGGAAGGAACUCUCUCCUACUACAUCUCAUCAUGGUCCUAUGAUGAAGCACUACUGUGACAUGAUAGCAAUAAAAGUGAACGGUGAGGACUAUCUUGUAGUAAUUGGAGGAGCUGGUCUAUCACCUAAUAGUGCCCCCAAACAACCUGGUGCCAAGUCAGAGCACAUACAGUUUAUAUUAAUAUAAUGAAGUAUUGUUAUUUGGUGGUUCUCCACUCAGACUGGUUGCAUUGAGAAUUGCUUGCUUGUUUGUUCAUGGUUGUCACUCCUAAUUAUUUGAUAAUAUGAUCAAAGAAAUAUCAACUAGUUUGCUCCACCCAAUGCAUUCCAUUCACACUAAUUAUUAU